CGCGCUAUAAGUGCGGGCGCGGGGCGCGGCGGCCGCCGAAGAUGCGCCGGCAGCCGGGGCUGAGCGGCGCCUGGCCGCGGCCGCCCCGCGCCGGGGAGCGGGAGCAGCGGCAGAAGGAGGGAGAAGAGGAAGGGGGAGACGGCGGUGGCGCGGGGCGGCCGCGGCCAUGAGCUGCUCGGACGUGGCCAUGCAGCAGCCCGGCCCGGCGGCGUGCGGGGCGCCCCGCUAUGCGGCCGCGCCCGGCUGCGCGCAGAAGUUAGCUGUGUACAACAAGAUGCAGGAGUCUCUGGAAGUGACCCUUCCCAGCAAGCAGGAGGAGGAUGAGAAAGACCAGCCUGCCGAGAUGGAGUACCUGAACUCUCGCUGUGUCCUGUUCACUUACUUCCAGGGAGACAUUGGUUCAGUGGUGGAUGAACACUUCUCGAGAGCUUUGAGCCAAGCCAGUAGCUUCAAUUCAGAGACUGCCCUUUCCAAGAGCAAGGCAGGGCUGAAUCCUCUGUGGAGAGAAAGCUCAACCAUUUCAAGCCAAAGGAGCGGAUUCCCAACCUCGUUUUGGACCAGCUCUUACCAGCCUCCUCCUCCUCCUCCCUGCUUGAGCGGAGUGCACCCCGAUUUCCCCGUCACCGCACCAGGCACCUUCCCGGCAGCAGACGCCAGCGGCUGGCCGGGACACGGCCUCCACCAGAGCGCCGGCCCGGCCGCCCCCGCCGCCUCCGAGCCCUGGCACUACCCCUUAGCGUCUCAGGUGAGCCCCUCGUACGCACACAUGCACGAGGUGUACGUGCACCACCCACAUGUGCCCCACCAUCACCCCGGGCAGCCCCGGGACCCCCGCUACGGCUCGCUGCUGGUGCCCUCGCUGCGUGCGGCCCGGAUCCCCGGCCCUCAGGGCGGCGGCGCCAAGGCCGACCCCGCCGCGGGCAGCGGCGCUACCUCAGCCUGGGCCGGAGCCUUCCACGGAACGGUGGACAUCGUGCCGACUUUUGGGUUCGAUACAGGUCUACAGCAUCAGGACAAGAGCAAGGAAACUGCUUGGUUCUGAGGUGCAGAGAAAUUAAGACCAGCUAGAGCUGGAGUUGGCAGAGCUGGGCGGGUGACACAGCAGUGGUUGACUCCUUCUGCAUGGAGCAAAGGACACACAUGAAGAUGAAGAGCCAACUAUUCUGGUUUUGCUAUCGAGCCUUUUAUUUGUAAGGCCGUUUAUGGGUCCCACAGUGUUGGAAACAAAACCAGAAACCUAACUUUUCUUUCUUUCCUCAUCUGAGCCUGCUGCAGCUGGGCAACCUAACUCCUUUCUGCUCCUUUAACAGUGUUUCGUUUUGUUCAGCUUGAUAUUUUUAUGAACAGUCUCAAUAGUCAGGAAAAAAGGACUCUCCCUUGACUACAGUGCGCCUUCUUUCAGGAAUACAGUAUUUUGUAGCUCUUUGUGCAUCUAUUUUUGUAGAAAUACAGAAAGUUUGGGUAAGGAUUGAUGGGCUAUUUUAGGAUGACAUAUUUUUUUAAAAAAAAUUGUAAAAUUGUUAAGUUCUGUUUAAAGAACUUGCUCUCAGAGAAGCACUGGCAAAAAUGUAUAAAAUGCUAUUUUUAGAUGUCUGUGAUGUAUUUGUGCAUUUUGGGUUUUUUUGUUUGUUACCUCAAAUGUCUAUCUUUCCUUUCUUUUUAAAGAGCUAAACUCCUUUGUUUCCACAUUACUAGAUUCUGAUGUUUUUUGUCCUUUUGUUCUAGCUUAAGCAAGUAUAAUUCGCACCUGAAGUUUCAGCCAAAUAUUUUUUCCUGGUGUUAGGUUGUAGUAAAAGUGGUCUUGUUUUUCUUGCUUCUGAAGGUGGCUUUGUGCUGUGCUGAUUGUCAGAAGCUCUUAAACACCUUUAGCAUAGAGCAAAGCUUAAGGUUACAGCAACUGCAUUCCCAACCCAUCCAUUCUUUCAAAAUGGACCAAACACUCUUAAAUCAGACACGAAUAUGGGCCUCAUCUAUGAUCCAUUGAAGCUGUUGAACACGGUUCCCUGUGGGUUAUGUUGCAGGCCCUCAUAAAUAUCAGUACAAUCCUACAGGCAGGACUUUCAGCUAAGCCAUUUCAAGGUGGUAACUUACAACAUCAAAAUUCAGGGACAAUAAAAACAAACAUCCAGGUUGAUGUAAAAAGGUGUGUCUCAUGGAAACAAAAGGUUUUCCAGCAGCCUGCUGUGUGUGCUGAGCAGCUCAAGGAAAGCACUACAUUUGACUCCAGGAUGUGUUUGCCUGGCCGGGGCUGUGCCGCGGGACCGCAGCUGCGUUCCCUGAGCAGCCGCAGGUGCUGAGCCUGCCCGCCAGGGCCUGGCUGGGGAAAGGCAGCCUGGCCACGUGGAACCACAGCCCUCUGCUUGGGAAACCCCCCUGGCCUGGGCCUUGGCUCUAACUUGUGUAAUAAAGGCUUUGGUUGGAGCCAAGGUGAGUGUGGACAAAUCCUGGGUAAGGGCCGCGGGGUCGCCGUGGGCUGGAGCUGGGUCAGUCUCUCUGCCCAGCCCUUGGGGACUCCAGCCAGUGUCAGCAUGAGCUUAGAGGGGACUGAGGGGAGCCCAGGAUCAAGGCUGCUGGGUCCUGGCUAUUGCUUGGAGAUGUUGCCUUUCUGCUCUAUGCACCCAGGGUCCGCCUGUAAUAUUUUCCAAGGCUCUCACAAAGCAUUCUAUUUCUGUCACCACUGCUCUCAGACAUCCCUGUUUGAAAGACACACCGGCUGAGUGGAAAAACCAAGAUAUAAACACAUGGCUGAGAUAAGAAAGAGUUCAAUUUUAAGGCACUGAGCAUUGUAAAUGUAGUUUGGUCAGGUGGAGACCACAUGGAUCUGUGUGUGAAAGGGGCGGGGGGGGGGUGUUGGGAAGUGCAUGCCACUCUGAGGUUCCUGCACUGCUGCUUCCCUCCAGGCUUUUUGAACUUGAUCCUGUGAGGUGUUGAGCAUUCUUCCUUGUCAAGGCAGAGGGCUUGACAUGCUGGCACUGGAGGCAUUAGGAUUAUAUCACAGUUUGGCAAGACCCUUAAGUCUCUACCUUGCUGAUUUGAAGUUUGAGACAGCGUAUGAAUGCUGAAUGGACUAUGCUUAAAUAUUGCUUUAAAGUAAUAAGGUUGUAGUCUCUGUGUUGGGAUGAUGAAUUAAAUGUGGUGGGGAUUUUUUCCUCAUCUUUGUAGUCCAUCAGUAUUUCUUUCUCUCAAUAAAUUACGCUCUCAUGACAGUUCUCUAUAUUAUUGCUGCUCUGGUGGAGCUAGCUCCUCAAUUUGUCAAUAAAUUCAUAAUGCAGUAGAAAAACUGUAUGGGAGGGAAUGGAGUGCCAGGUGCCACAGUUCACUUUCUUACCAGGACAGUACAGUUCAAGAAAUAUCUCAAGAAAAAGAAUUCUGACUUUCUGACUUAGGAAUGUUGACAGUAUUAGAAAUACUGUGAGGAAAAAAAAAAUAAAUCUAAGCGUUUGGUUUUGAUUUUUUUUUUUUUUUGGUGGGGUUUUUUUGGUUUGUUUUUUUUCCCUGGACAUGGCAAAGGUAGAAAUGAAAGAGACAGUGUGUCCUCUUUGAAUUUUAGGGAUGGAGAGUUUGGGUGGCAGGGGUAGCAAAAGAAUUUUGGGCAGCAUUUCUUUUUGAGGUAUGUUUGACUUCCUGAAAUAGUUUAAAGCCUAGCAAGAGCAGUCUGCUCACUGCCUUCCCCUUCACAAGCUCAUACUAUGAGGGAACCUCCUCUGGUUCCCGAUAGAUGUCAAAGGAAAACCAGGACAGGAACGAAACAGGCUCACAGUUUGCACUGGAAUUUCUUUCUGGAUUGUAUCACUGAGUUGUUGGUUAGUGGGGAUGAAGAAGUGGGGAAGCUGUUGGCUCUUCCACCUCCAGGACUACUGUUCUGCACCCAGUUUCCGCUGCUGAACCUGGGACUGAGCUGGCAGAACCUCUGCAAACUCUGGGUGACAAGUGCCAAUAAAAACCUGCUGUUGUCUGUGGCCAUUGAUGCUCAGGUCCCUCAACUUUGAAAGUGAAAUAAAUUCUUCUUCCCCCCUCAGUCACUAAUUGUCCCUUGUGCUAACGAGUGAGAAAGGAAAAGCCUAAGUGCGUAGCAGUAGCCCUACUUCUGUGUUCUACAACUUGAGGGAUGGAAAAGGGGAAAAAAACAACCCCACCCUUCCCCGUGACAAACUUUUAAGUUAAAUUCAGCAGAUUUCCUUCUCUCCCCCUUUCCCAUACACGCACACUUACACACACGCACAGAAGUGCUUAUGAGAAGCAGAUGCUGCCACGGUUUUGCUCUUGGAAGAGGAGGGGAGCCUGCAGUGGUGGGGAAUCGAUGGCAGCGAGAAGGAGCAGAAAGGUUGAGACUGCUCGUGUUUCUGCAGAUAGGGAAAAAAAAAAGGCCCUUGAAAUCAGGUCACAGAUAAGUUGUGUGUCUUAAUGCGUUAUUGAAGGAGUUGUUUCAUUCUUUUUAUGUGUGGUGUGUUCUGAUGCUGUCCCAAGAAAGUGGAUGAUUCAUUUUGAGAGGGCUUAUAAAACAUGUUGUACUCUGUCACUGUUUCUGGGAGAACAUAGGGAAAUGAUUGUUUUAUUUCAAGAAACUCAAAAUACUGACCUCCUUAAAGUUCUCCAGGAUUUUAUUUUAUUCUUGUUACUGUUGAGAAAUCUUCAAUCAAUUUUUAUGUCUUCAUUUGAAGACUGGAAGAGUUCAAGUUGUCUACCAGUUUUUGAGAGGCAGAUGCCAGUUUUUUCCAAUGGCCCAUUUCCAUCCCAACAAGAAGAUGGAAUAGUGCAGCCGCUGACUGCCCUGGAGAUUGGAUUUCCGGAAUUUCUGGAGAGAUGAAUAAUUGGCAGUAGUAAAAUGGACUCUGGUCUGAUUCCUUCCCUUGCCAGACACACAAGUUCAGGUGGUCCUCAGUGAAUGGCAUUUUGUCUCAAUCAUCCACACUUCCAUCAAAAGACUUCUGAGAACAGAUCUCUCAUCACAGUGUUCAGAGAGGGAGGGGAAUGUCACAUUUCCCCAACCUGCCCUUAGGAUUUCCUUGCCUCACCCAGCCUUUCUGCUUCCAGGCUGUUACAUGUCUUGCUGUCCCACUCCCACAGUUCUUCAAUGUGUAUGGAUAUAUUUCUCUACAAAUGUAUUUAUACACAUUCACAUGUAGCUGUGCCUGGUUCCCUCUGUUCCACUCUCGUGCCUCAAAUGCAUGUCCUAUGGAAAUGAAGUGAAUGACUUCAUCAAAUCUCAUCUGAGAUGGAAAAUGUAGGCAUUUUAUUGCAUUCUCUUAACUCAGGAGUGGUUUAUUUUCCCUACUUGUUAAAAAAAAAAUGAACACAACAAAAACACAUUAAAAAAAACCCUUUCAAAUCACCUGAUUUGUAUCUGUAAAGAUGAUCAUGAAAUCAGUGGUUAUGUAGAGAGGUGCAAUAUAUUGCCUUUCAGCAUACAAGCCUGUAAUAUGGUUAAUUAAUUUCAGGUACAAGCUUUUGCUCCAUAUCAAUGGGCCAGCAACACAUAUAUUUCCUUAUAAACAACUUAGAAAUAUAUAUAUUUUUCAAGUGGAAUUCUUGGUUUUUGUAUGUCAGCCUUUGAGCUUCUAAAGGGUAUUUGGAUGAUAAGUAUUGUUUGUGUGUGGGUUUUUAAAAAAAGAUGAUGCAUGUUGUUUGGAACUAAAAUCUCAUGUAAAGCGGGAAAGUAUUUAAAAAUAAAUUCUGCUUUUACAUAUUAGCCCUAUGGGCACAAUCUGAGAGUUGUGGUGCAGGAAGAUGCCCCUUUAAAAAGUAAUGUUCAAAAUGCAGGAGAGGCAGGAGUGGCCUUGGAAAGGUUGAGCUGGUGGGACUGCGAGCAGAGAUGAUCCUCUCCAGAACUGUAUGUACACGGUUGGGCAGCCACUGCUCAGUACACUGAAUGUAGGCUGUGUUAGCAGGUUUAUAUUUAUGGGGUGAACUGGUUGCUGAGGGGAGCUGUAGAUGUCCUUGGAAAGCCAUGUUUUAGCUGCCCUUGGUCUGCUCAGUGCCCCUGACCCUCUCCCAGUCCUUGCUCUGCAGUCUCCAUGCCACCACAGUGGGGCCCCUGGAAGAUGGGCUGGAGUUCCCUGGGAAAAUGCACCACUUUUAUGUUUUCAGCUCCCAAUAAAGAAAGUUUAGGGAUGGGGAGGGGGUUUAUUAAAAACACUCCAAUUAUUUCAUGCACCUGCUCAAAGGCUCGAGCCUCCAACAUAAAUCAGCUUUGUGGCCUUGGAAACCUUCAGUGGCAUUGGGAUGGUUGGGACCAGCCUUGAAUUGCAGUCCAGUGGGGGCUGGUCCAGCCUUGAUCCUGGUGAGCUGAGGCUCAGGUAUUUGGUACCUAUAGACAACCAGUGUUUAUAGGAGUUUGAGGUUUACAGAAAUGGAGUGAAAUAUCUGCAGAACUGUGCUGCACUUUGCCUGCUCGCUCUUUGUAGCUAUUGCUUAAAACCAUCAGUCAAAUCAGGGUCUCUCUCUUCCCCCCACCUGUUUUCCCACCUUGCUUUCCUCAAAACUCCAUUGAAAUGUUUUUGCCCCUCUGAUCAAAACUGAUGGGGGGUUGGGGGUGGGGGCUUUGUAUAAAGAAAAGUGUCACUGUUUAUUACUGAAUAAAUAAUUUAAUGUGAAUUUUAUUGUUAUAUUUUUUAUGUAGCAUUUUCAGUUUGGUCUGUAUUUUUCAACAAUUAGCUAAUUCCUUCUUUUUAUUCUUAUGCAACUGAAGAACUCAUAAAUCUCUUUGUGAAUUUCUGCAUCCUGAGUUUCUAUUCUUUGCAUGAGAUGAAUUUUUAGAGCCAAGGAUUUAUCUUCUGUUGAAAAUGUUGU